UCUCGUUCGAAGUAGAUUUUUCGGUGAUUCAUAAGUGGAGAAUAUGAGUGUCUCGCCAAUGGCUGCGGAAGCUGUUUUGGAAUUGAGUGACCUGACGGACCUGGCUACCGGUUGUAGCCUCGCUUCCAAUGACGAAGAACGAGCUUUGGCGAAAGGUGCGACGGAUAGUUUCAACUCUGGGAAUCACUCAAAUGCGCGAGUGCUUGCUGAAACUUUGGCAAACCUCAGACCGAAGGACCCAAAAGUUGCCACAAAUGUUUUGGUGGCGAAGUUUUACGAGAAGCAUUGCGUUGAUGCGGAGUUGUUUCUUGAUGGAAUCAAAGAAUGUUGUGAUAGGUGCGAUAUCUCAUUGAACAUGCCAGAAAGUUUGGAAGACAUGGACAAUGCGGUAUUCUACUUCAACAAGGCACUGGUAAUGUUCCAUAUCCGGCAAUACAAGAAAGCCAUUAGGAUUCUACGAAAGCUGUUUCAGUACGUCGAACCUUUAGAGGAAAAGUUGAUCAUAAAAGUGUGUUUUUUGCUGGUGGAAUGCUACCUAGCGAUUCAGCAACCGGAUAAUGCUCUAUACGCGUUGAAUCACAUGGAGAGCCACUUGUUGGAAAAGAAUAGUUGUACUUCGUCUCAGCAUAGUCCAACUGGUUCGAACAAUGGUCUCAAAUCAUCAUCACCGGAUAAAGAUCUUUCCAAGAGUGAUACAGUCAAACCGAGCGGAAAAUCUCUAGAACUGGUUUUAACGGAACGGCAAAAACAGAAGUUCAUGGAGUACCGGGUACGGAGUUUUCUGAUGUCGAGGAAUAUCAAGGCGUGUAAGAAAGAAGCGAAGAGUUUCUUGACGGCAAAUUGUUCUGGGCAGGCGGCUGUCAUGCAGUUAUUUUUACGAGCAAACGUGGAGUAUCACAAGGGUAAUUGGCGGAAAGCCGUCCACUUUCUCAACACCUUGCAACCGAUAAUGCAAGAAGAGUCGUGCAAAAACAUGUUUUCUUCUGCAACCGAUGGUCUUCCGUUGACUGUCGGGAACAACGACACUGACGAUCUUCCGUCACUGGUCGAAGGACCCUGGACGGAGCCGUUGAGCGUAGCUUAUUACAAUAAUAUGGGCUGCAUUCACUAUCGCAUGGGUCGUUGGAACUUGGCCUGUCAUUACUUCACGAUGGCGUCGGCGGAGAACGACGCUCUGGUUUCCGCUCGCAGUGUUGCAUUUGGAGGACAUGCCGCCGAGCGAUCAAAGGAUAUGAAAGUGUCGACUCUUGGUUGGCCCAUGUGGGCUCGUGGUUGUGGGCGUAAAUAUGAGUUGGCGUACAACAUGGGAAUCGCUCUAUUGCAUGCCGGAAAGCCUGGGAUCGCUUUUGAUUACCUGUGGGACGCGACGAAGUUCUAUUCAAACAAUGCCCUGCUUUGGCUGCGACUGGCUGAAGCUUGUAUCAUGUGUUAUAAGGCGGAUAACGAACCGGAUUUUCACUUCCAAGAUCGAAAGAAGUCCUUGGUCCGAGGUUCUGUUGGUUCGGGGAUUCAUAGGAAACUUAUAUUGCCGACAAAACUUGCGCAGUGUGGGCCUGCCCGUGGUGAUCCAAAUGUGUCAGUCUUGACGCCACUUCCGCGAUUGGAAUUUGCCGAUGUUUGUUUAAAAAAUGCGCUGGUGAUCAUAAAGCGAAAAGACGACCCUGGGACCUCUUUAGCACCUUUUAAUACGCCUGGUGGCGGCGGUCCGACCACGAUCCAGUGUAUGAAAGAAGUGAAAAGCAAAGAUCAGCAGCACGUUGAAAGCGAAGAUUCUGACGUGAAUCCUGCUUUGAAGCCAAAGCAUAUCGAGACGGUACCAGGGCCGACGUUUAAGCCGCGAGAAGCCUUCCAUCUGCGUUGCAGCGUGCUGAUUGCGGCGGCGUAUGUGAAUUUGCGGUUGUUUAACUCACGCCAGACGUUGGAGUACACAAAGGAAUUGCUGCAAUGUGAGCCUUACCUUUCCAUCACCCACCGGCUGUUGGCGCAUUCAUACACCGCGGAAGCCCUCGUCAUGGAGGAUCGGAUUUCCGAGGCGAUUUCUCACCUCGUUGCUGACGACGUGGGGAGCGAUUUUGGCGCGCACUUGCAUCACACGAGGAAAUGGUUCCCCAACAACGCGAGCACUGCGAAAGUGUUAGUGCAAUACAACUUGACAGUCGCGUACGCGUUUCGUGGGGAAUUAGAGAAGGCUGGGGAGGCGUUGAAGCAGUUAUCAAAAUUCAAGGAACCAAACGCGGAAAUCCCUAUUCAAGCCAUGUUGAUGGCUCUUUAUAUUCAAGUGCAGCUAGGCAAUACCGAUACGGCGCGAAAAAUCAUCAAGCAGCAUUGCCCACAAUACCGUUGA